AUCCUAGAUGCUUCUUCGCCUUUUGGUCACAUUUCUCUGGUUAAUUUUAAUAUCUCAAUCAAAGCUCGACUCUUGUGAGCAUUGGAUUAAACAACUCGGUGAUCUUGAUUUCUUCACUGAAGCCCAAAUACGAAUGGUAUGUAUGCAUCAAAAGGAAUGGGUUAAGGAUAGAGAUGAAGAAGCUGGAAAAAAGUUUUUGGAAGUUACUACAGACAAUCAGUUGAAAUACCUACGACAUGUUGAACAGUGCACAAGAGAAAACUGCGUGAGAGAUGCUAGACGAAAGAGACGAGCAAUAUCAAAAUCAAUUCGAAAAGAGAUCCGAAUGAUGUCCCCGGCAGAAGUUCGUGAUUUGGGAAUUGCAAUGAAUGGGCUCAAAAAUAGACAAAUCGAUAAUAUAACUGCAUGGGAUCUUCAUACUCUUGUCCAUUAUCCAGACAGUGCUCCCGGAGCACAUUGGGGUCCAGCUUUCCUUCCGUGGCAUCGAGAAUUUCUACGACAAUUCGAGAUAGCUCUACAGACGGAGGUACCAACUGUCACAUUACCCUACUGGGAUUCAACUCUUGAUCAAGGCCUUCCUGAUGAAUCUGACAGUGUUCUAUGGACAGAUGAACUCCUUGGAAACGGAAAUGGUUAUGUGAAGACUGGACCAUUUGCAAAUUGGGAUACUAAUGUUUUUAUGCCACUCAGUCAGAUUCCAGUAAAGAAAUUAUACAGAUCAACUGGUGGAAGAGAACAAGAUCGUUUAAUGACACCAAAAGAUGCCAAUUGGAUCAUUACAAGGAAAAACUUUAGCCAGUUAACCUUCUGCCACGAUAAAACAUUUGAAAGUAUGCAUGGACUGAGCCAUGUUUGGGUUGGAGGAUUUAUGUAUGUUAUCAGAGUAAGUCCAAAUGAUCCAACAUUCUACAUGCAUCAUGCGUUCAUUGACAAUUUAUGGGAAAAGUUCAGACAAAAUAGUCAGACGAGAGAAGAAAGAGAAAACCAAUGGGCAACGAAAAACUGCAAUGACAAUCACGGAUUUGAUGUUCAAAUGAAGCCAUUCACAAUUCAAAAUCGGGAUGGUCUGUCAAAUCAAUACACGGAUGAAUGGUACGAGUAUCAGCCUGUCAGACACUGCUCAGAACAGGAUGCCACGUGUGAUUCUCCAUUUUAUUGGUGUGAUAUGAAAUUAUGGAGAUGUAGGAGUAGGGUGGUAUACGGUGGAAACUGUACCGGAUACGAAGGAACUCAAAUAUGUUACAACUCCGUGUGCAGUCAGGGAAAAUGUGUGGUUCCGCCACGAGUUCGAUCAGCAACCAAAUCUCGAAUUGAAGACGGAAAUAUGGGAUUUAAGGAAGUAGUGUGGGCGAAGACAGUGAUGCUUGACAAAGAUGGAAAGGGAAUUGAGGAUGAACUAUCUAGAAUUGUGAUUACUGAUUUAGAAACUAAUCAGACACAAAUCGUGUUUCAUUCCGGAGAAACUGAAUAUCCAGAGAUUCCGGGAACUGUUUAUUUGAGCAUUCCUAAGCCCAGAGGAGGAAAAAUGUCUCGUGUCUCUCUGGAAGCAAGAGAUCAAUUUGGAAGAUAUUGUCAAGCCCAAUGUAUAAAUAGUACAAGUGAAAGAUACCAGGUUUGCCAGCCUUUCCUCAACAUUUCUCUCAACUCGGAACACUCAUCACCUGUUUCAUUCACUCAUUCUAUGUCCUCCAGAACAUUCCUUGAUCUCGAUUUAUCAGUUCAUCCUCGUCAAAUGCGACCAGAAAUGCCAUAUAUUGUAUUUGCAUGUUCACGCAAAUUGGUGACAAGUGCAAUGAUCAAACAAGCUGCUGAACUUGUGAGAGCCCCGGUUUCACAUGAAAAUUAUGUGUUUUUCCGAGUGGCGGUUUUCCGGGAGGAAACUUCAAGUUAUCAGAUCGAAGUUUCUCCAUAUUCUGAUGUUGGACCAAUUUUCUCAUCAUCUAUAGAAAAAGCUGCAUCUGCAUUUGACCCAAAUAUUGUUUUUGUACAGGCUCCAAAUCCAGAGUUACAUCGAGAAGGUGUUCGAGUUCGAGUCUCUAUUUUGAGCAACAAUAAUCGAGUUCAAUGUCAAAUAAAAUGUACCGAGAAAGACGGAUCGAUGCACGAGUGUAACGGCGACGUCGAUCUACACACAGAUACUACGCUAUCACAAGAAGAUGUAUUCACAUCAGAUCCUCAUUCACUGCCAGUUCUCGGUUGGAAUAUGAAAGGACAUCCAUCAAUUUGGAGGCAUAAAAUGCCAUUUUUGACAUUCCAUUGUUAGAUUCUACUGUUUUUUAUCCAACUACUGACCUCCAUAGAUUGUUGAUUUACACAACGGGUAUCGUAUGUUAUAUUUGAAAAAAUUAAAUUGUUU